CCGAUAUUUCGGAUAAACGCGGCUCAUAAAACGGAGUAAAAAAAUCAGUGGCGUUUAUUCCGUAAGUAAUUUAGGUAAAGGACGCGAAAUCUUCAAAGAAAGAGAAAGAACUGCUGAAAAGCUCUGGGUGCAAAAGUGUGAUGCUGGGCAGCGAGGACAAGGCAAAGGCCGUGCAAAGGAACGGAGCCACUAAACCUAAUGCAGAGCAACCUCUAAAGAAUUUAGGCGUCCAGGAUGAUGGAGAUAUACAGACCAUGCUGCAAGGCUCCACCAUGUUAAAGCUGCGUUCCCCUCGCUGGCAGAGGAAGCGCAUGCUUAAGUUGCAGGACGAUGGUGUCACAGUUCGUUGUGAGUCCAAUGGUACCUUCAGCAAGACCAAAACCUUCUCGGUAAUGGAGGUGGAGUGUGUGCGUCCGGGCUGUCAGUCAGAGACCCUACGCAGGCUGGCUGGCUCUCUCCCAGAAGACCAUUGUCUGACCAUUGUGUUUAAGGGGGGAAGGAAGAGUUUGGAUUUGAAGUGUGAAAGUGUAGAGGAGGCACAGCACUGGGCCCGGGGGAUCUGUACCCUACAAGACCGAAUCAACAACAUGAGUCAUACUGAGAAACUCGACCACUGGAUACAUAGCUACCUGAGGCAGGCAGAUUUAAACCAGGAUGGGAAGAUGACCUAUGAAGAAGUGCAGACACUCCUCCAGAUGAUCAACAUAGACCUUGAUGAGCAAUACGCCCUUAGAUUGUUCAAGAAAUGUGACCGCUCAGCAGACAAUCGCCUGGACCACAGUGAGAUUGAGUUGUUUUGUCGUGAGUUGUUGCGUCGACCCGAGCUAGACACUGUGUUCCUUGAAUACUCCUCAAAUGGCCGUGUGCUGACCACAGUGGACCUGCGCGAAUUUCUAAAAGACCAAGGAGAAGACAACACCCUUGUCCAUGCACAGAGUCUCAUCCUUACUUAUGAACUCAACGAGUGGGCGCGGAAAAACCAACUCAUGACAGCCAAUGGGUUCACCAUGUACAUGCUGUCAAAGGAGAACAUUGUCAUUGAUCCAGAGCAUGGCAGAGUGUCUCAGGAUAUGAACCGACCACUUAGUCACUACUUCAUUUCGUCUUCCCACAACACCUACCUUACCAAAGACCAGGUCAUGAGCGAGAGCAGUGCCGAGCCGUAUAUCCGAGCUCUUAGUCAUGGAUGCCGCUGUGUUGAGCUCGAUUGUUGGGAUGGAGAUCAAGAACCGGUGAUUUAUCAUGGCCACACCCUUACUUCCAAAGUACCUUUCAGGGAGGUGGUGGAGGCCAUCGCUGAGUAUGCAUUUAAGGCCUCUCCUUACCCUCUAAUUCUGUCUCUGGAGAAUCACUGCUCACUGGAACAACAGGCAGUCAUGGCCCAGCAGCUGCGCUCUAUCCUUGGGGAUAAACUGCUCACAAAACCACUUAACAAUCACCCUUGUGACAGCCUUCCCUCACCAGAGGAGCUGAAGGGGAAGAUUUUGGUGAAGGGGAAGAAGGAACGAGUGGAGCAGGAAAGCUCCAGUUCAUCUGAGUUCAGCUGCUCUGAUGAUGAGAGUAAAGCCGAAGGCAAAGUCAAAGCAAAGAAAGAGAGCAAGAAGUGUACGUGUGCUUCUUCUCCAAAUGUGUCUAAGCAGAGUCCAGAGCUCUCUGACCUGGUAGUGUACACUUGCAGUGUUCCUUUUAAAGGCUUCGAUCAGGCAGCCAAGAAACCUCCUAAUGAAAUGUCCUCCUUCUCUGAAAGCCAGGCUCUUAAACAUAUCAAAAACUCAGGUAAGGCCUUUGUAAGGCAUAACAGCCGGCAGCUGAGCAGGAUCUACCCAUCUGGUCAGCGUCUACAGUCCUCCAACUACAACCCACAGGAUAUGUGGAACGCCGGCUGCCAGAUUGUGGCGUUAAACUUCCAAACACACGGCGAGCAGAUGGAUCUUAAUCAGGGGCGUUUCUUACCCAAUGGACGCUGUGGAUAUGUGCUAAAGCCCAGUUUUUUGUGCCAGCCAGACUCCGAGUUCAAUCCUGAAAACACUGGUGGAGGACCUGGACACAACCCCACUCUCCUUGUUAUUAAGGUCAUCUCAGCACAGCAGCUGCCUAAGCCAGACACAGAGAAACUCAACUCUAUUGUGGACCCUAUGGUCUGGGUGGAGACUCACGGAGCUCCCAUAGACAACAACAAGAAAAAGACCCACCGCAUUGACAAUAACGGCUUUAACCCCAGGUGGGACUGUACCUUUAAGUUCCUGUUGCAUGUGCCAGAGCUGGUCCUAGUUCGCUUUGUAGUGGAGGAUCAUGACUACACGGCACGAAAUGAGUUCCUGGGCCAGUUCACUCUACCAUUCACCAGCAUGUGCACAGGUUACAGACAUGUGCGGCUACUGAGAGCGGACGGUUCAAGCCUCUCUCCAGCCAGCCUCUUCAUUCACAUCAAGGUCAUGCCCAAUUAUAGCAGCCCCAAACACGGUGCCUCAGCCAUAGCCUAGCAGAAUCGUUCAGUACCUGGCCUUCUGACUGGGUUACAAAUGUUGAUAAUGAUGUAGUGUAUGUAAUGACCUGAUCUGAAGUACUGUAUAUAUGCUAUUUGUUUAUCCUAUAAACAGGGACCUACUGAAAAACAUCUAAUGCAAAUUUUAACCACAAAGACCAAAUGUAAGAAGCUGAGGAUUAUAUUUAUUACAGAAUACAAAGCAGGAUUUUCCUCAGUACAUCCAGGUUUUUUUUCAGAUCCCAACAUUCCUCUGAGAUUAUAUGCAUUAAUGAAGGAACUUAUAACAUGGUAAGAUAUUUAUUAUGUAAUUAUAUAAUGUCUUUAGAAAUGAUGAACCAAUAUUAUAAGAUUCAGGUUGGGAAUUUUAGUCAUGUGACUUGUCAAAUGUAGCUGUAUCUCAUCAUAGCCUUUAGGCUUCUUUUCCUAUGCAACUGAAAAAUCUCUUUGUUUAAAAUAAUGCUGUGCAUAAACUGAGCAUGACGUUUCAGUGGACUUGUGGUGUUCAUGGAUUGAAAAUUCAGCUUUGUUUGUCUCUUGAUUACAGGGACAGAGUUAUGCAUGUUGGUAAUAUGACAAUGAAAACACUGAAACUAGGUAGAAAAAAAUGUCACACUAAACAUGUACUGUUCAGUACAAACCUUUCAGGGCUGAUAUGUACUAUGCUGUUUAUUUUAUAUAAUAGGUAAAAAAGGAACUUCGCUGUUAAAUAAAUUGUAAAGUUAAGAUAAAAAAUGGGCUUUUGAUGGGAUGGUGAUGAUCUGCAUCGUUCAUUCAUAUCCUGCUGUUUCUUACAGUACACAACCUGAUAUUUGGAUUUGUGUAAAUUCUGAAUAUUAUAAAAUACAUUUUUAUCCCUAACUACCAUUACAUAAGUAAGUCAGAUUAAAUAACACUCUACAUACACAUAUGCAUUGUUUUUAUCUCUGUAACCACAACCUCAUAAUAAUUAUAUGUUUAAUUUGGAGAUUAAUCCAUGCGUAUGUACCAGCAUCUGUAUGUAAAAGCAUAGAGGUUUUUCCCUAUAUAAUUCUCACCGUUUUGAUUUUGUAAAGUGAUAUUUCUGUUCUAUAUUUAUAUACAAACCUUAUACAGUUUAUACAAUUUUUAGUAUAGUAUUUUUAGUUAGUAUUGCUUUAAGUUUUAUUUUGUAUUUUAACAAUGCCAGUGCGUUAAUGCCUUGUUGCACAGGUCUAUCAGAUGUGUUAGAAUUAAGAAGCACUUAAUUAAGUUCAGUCUUCAUGUGCUAGUAAAUUUAAAUAGUAGUGAUAAACUGAAACCCUCAAUGAUUUUUGGAAAAUGUGACAUUAAAGGUGAAAAAAAGCAAUACAAGCUAUUUGCUCUGUUUAAAAAAAGCCAUAUACUUAUCUGUGUGACAUGUAUGUGUUAUAUCCAUAAGCCCAUAACAUUGUAAUGUAAUGCCAAAAUUAUUCAUUUAUAAUGUCCAGAUUUACAAAUAAAAACGUUGUGAAUUGUCUCUA